AUGGGAAUAUUAUGGGCCACGUUUGAGCUUCUAUUGAUCCUAGCCUCCAUUGUUGCAUUGGGAUUAUUCUCUGUUCUCGUCUUGGAAACUUUCCGCAGGAGAUUCAACUACAAUCAUGUGGAGGCUCCUCCCGUCUUUGAGGAUCCUAAUUCGUUAAGACCGGUUCCCUGUCCUAACAUUUUUGAUCCUGCUGAAAAGUACAUAUCUUUGAUUCUACCUGCAUACAAUGAAGAGCUUCGACUUCCUGGAGCUCUUGACGAAACCCUUAACUAUCUACAAGCACGUGCAGAAAAGGACAAGGCAUUCUCAUAUGAGGUGAUAAUUGUUGAUGAUGGUAGUGGCGACGCAACCACGAGAGUAGCUUUUGGCUAUGUCAAAAAGUACUCAGUAGAGAAUGUGAGGGUUAUUCUCCUUGGAAGGAACCAUGGCAAGGGAGAAGCUAUAAGAAAAGGAAUGCUGCAUUCACGUGGUGAACUUCUUUUAAUGCUUGAUGCGGAUGGGGCAACAAAAGUGAAUGAUCUUGAAAAACUUGAAAAUCAGAUACAUGCAGUUGCUCAGAAGGAACGUCGAUUUGGAGAGUCUGUGGAUAGUGAUUCAACUGUAAGAAUCUCAGAUAUACCAGUUGCAGCAUUUGGUUCUCGUGCUCAUCUUGAGGAAAAGGCUUUGGCAACGAGGAAGUGGUACCGCAAUUUCUUGAUGAAAGGUUUCCAUGUUGUCGUGCUUCUGGCUGCUGGUUCUGGAAUCCGUGAUACACAGUGUGGGUUUAAAAUGUUUACUAGAGCUGCUGCGCGGAAGCUUUUCAUGAAUAUCCGAUUGAAAAGGUGGUGUUUUGAUGUGGAACUGGUUUACUUAUGCAAACGAUUUAAUAUUCCAAUGGUGGAGAUAUCUGUAAACUGGACUGAGAUUCCGGGAUCAAAAGUCAACCUUCUCAGCAUCCCCAACAUGUUGUGGGAGAUCGGACUGGUGUCAUUAGUGUGCUUAAAGGUUGGGCAAUCGUAUUCGAAACAAUAUUUAUACAGUGUUUAUAAAUCAGAAGAAAACGCUGCUAAUGGAUUCCGAUGGAUAUCUUACUUCUGUUGUCUUAGUAUAUUUCAUGACGUAAUUCAAGCUGCUUCUGUAGCCCAAAUGAGAACUGGAUUUUGGGACACCUGCACGGUGCUGAUUUUCGGACUAAAACAAAGGAAACAUAAGCAAAAAGAAGGCAAGCCAUCGAAAACUGACACGGCUGUGGCAAACAACAUGGAUAGUAGUCAUUUCCUGUAUGAGUUUAAAAGGCAAGCUUCAUUAUUCUUCAAAGACAAAAUCAAUGCUGCUCGAUUGGCCCUGCUUGAUGCUACACCAGCUCAGAUAUUGACAGAAGAAGUCACAAAUGGAGAUUCCUCGGCACCAGAUACGCGUGCAUUGAGAAUCAUCUCGCGAGCAGCCUUUGAGGUCGAUGAUUACUGGAGGAUUGUCGAUAUUCUGCAUAGAAGGUUGCUGAAAUACAAGAGGCUUGAUUGGCGAGCCGCUUACAAGGCCAUUAUCCUGUUGGAACAUCUCCUCACGCAUGGACCAACAAGCGUAGCAGAGGAGUUUGAAGGGGACAAAGAUGUCAUCACAGAAAUCGCCAAUUUUCGUUAUGUUGAUGAGAAAGGGUUCAACUGGGGAGAAAGCGUGCAAAGGAAAGCCGAGAGGGUGGUGAAACUGAUUGAGGAUGAGUCCUUCCUUAAAGAAGAAAGAGCAAGAGCUCGGAAAUUGACAGUAGGGAUAAAAGGGUUUGGAAGUUUCACCCAAAGAACAAGCUCUACAGACCAAAGCUGGGGAGAACCAAAAUCUAGCAAUAUUUUGAGAUGGAAUUCUCACUUUACUCAUUACCAAAGCAACGAAGACACAGUUCUGGCUUCAGAGAGGAACACUGUGCCACAGAUGACUGAAGGAAGAGGAGAUGAGCUCUAUGAUUCGAAACCUAAAAGGCAAGCACAGUUUUUGGGCAUUGAUGAAAGCCAUAAAGAGGGUGAUCAUCCCUUCUCUUAUAAGGAUCAUCAAACUCUGGAAAUUGAUGACAACGGGCACCCAAUGACAUUGACCUUAAGGGUUGCAGAUGAAUCUGGAGACGGAAGGGAUGCCAUCAGGCUGAUGGAUGCUAAGGAAAUGUUGAUGAUUCUACUUCCAGGUAUGUAUGAUUUUGAUGAAGAUGUGUUUAAGGAGAUUGAAGUGGAGGAGGGUUCACUGCCUCCUAUGCUGGAUUUGCCUACUGAUGAUUCAGUAAUGGUAGAUGUCGAGAUUGAGAUGAAGGACCAAAACGAAAAGCCUAAAGGUGAAGGCCGUCGAGCUAAAGUUCCAAAAUCUCCGAAGCGGCAGAGGGUAACUCGCAAGAGCCCUAAAUUGGAGGAGGAGGAAGAUGACGAUGAGAUGUCAGUUAAUAAGCUUGCUAAGGAUGAUAAGGAGGCUAAGGAGCAGGCCAUGGAUGAAGCUAGGAAAUCUUGUGCCUACAGGAGGCCUUCGCAGUUUUUGGAGGACACUUUCCAGAACUCCUAUUCUAGAGUUCCCACAAUCAAUGUGGUUGUUACCAUUACCUAUCCGAAUUACACCAGAUGCAUUUACGACAGUGAGAAAGAUCCCUACGUUUUCUUAGCCCCUGCUCGAAGCCAGCUUGGAAUUUCAGCCUCCUCCUCUCGAAGGUGCAAGUAUGAAGCACUUGUUCCUCUCAAGGGGGGAAAAGUCAAGCCCCAGACUAAACAGGAUCAGAGUGAAUCUGUGACUAUAAUUGUUAAUUCCAUGUGGUGGUGUCAACGGGGUGGUUUUCGGACGUCAAUGGUGGUUUUUACUGAGAAGUCCAAGGAGCUCCAAGGCUGUCUCCAAGCUUUGCUAAGCAACUACGACACCACACUAAUACCCAACGACGCAACAUCCUACUUCGUAUGGGUCGACUAUGAAGAGGCACAACAAGAGGAACUUGUUGGUGCAUUGGAACUUUUUGUCAAAUCUCUCAAAGGAUUUGAUGAUGUGAGUCCCGAAGAUCCAUUGGGAAAGUCGAGUAUUUAG